GAGCUGACGAGAAAGUGUGAGAGGAAGCUAGGAGACGAGCGAGAGGUGCUGGAGCUAGAGCUGGACAAUAUGAAGCUGGAACACGCUCUGAAGCUGCGCACAGAGGAGGAGGGGUCGGCACGGCUACGCAAGGAGCUGGAGGAGAAGUCCGAGGGCUAUGUAAGCCUGAGUGGUGACUUGGAGUGUGUGAAGAAUCGCUGCAACAAAUCGAAAGCUGAGAAGGAUGUGCUGAGAAAGGAGCUGGAAGUCUGCAAGCAACAGCUAGAUGAUGCCAGGGAAGACAAACUCCUGAUCGAGAGGCAGAUCAAGGAGUUUGAUGGUAGAUACCAGAGGGCACUACUGGAAGCUGAGGCAGCCAUCAACGAAAGAUUGGCAGAACAAAAGGCUAGCUUAGAGAGAGCGUGGACAGAGCAAACCAAGAGGGAAUAUGCGGAGUUGCAUCGUAAGCUGACGCGGGUGCACCAGGAGGACCGCAAGAUGUCGCUAGCAGCGCUGGCGCAGGAUAAGGAGCAGGAGCUGGUGGCGCAGAAGAGUGGCUGGCAGAGUAAGAUCAGGGAUCUACUGUUGCAGAUUGAGCAGCUGCGUGAGGAUCUGACGGAGAAGUCGAUACAAGCGAGUCGCGAGUACGACGCGAUGCGAUCGCAGAAGCACGCUGAGCUGGAGAGGCUGCGACGCGCGCUCGACGCCGCCGCGGAGGAGCGCGAGCGAGAGGGCGCUACCGGAAAACAAGAGCACGCAGCCGCCGUCGAUGCGAUGCGGUCGAACCACGAGAGGCAGGCAGAGGAGCAACGAGAGAAGCUGCAUAGGGAGCACGAGGAGGAGAUGCAGCAGCAGCUGGUGGCUCAUCACUCGGAGAUGGAGCUGGCGCAUCAGCGCGCGGAGAGAGCAAAGCAAACAGAGCUUUCAGCUGCUGCAUCGCUCGCAUGCAGAGCAGAUCGAGCACAUGCAGGAGAGCCUGGUGCAGACGUACACGUCAGAGUUGGAAUCGUGCCAAAAGACGCACAGCGCCGAGGUUCUGCGUCUGAGCGCGUGGAGACACUACAGGAGGAGGUGAGGCACCGCGACGGUCACAUCGAUCAGCUCGAGAAUGACCUGUCCGCGCACAGGUCACGCCUCGAUGACGUCAUCAAGCAGCUCGAGUUCAAAGGUCACGAGAUGAUGAGGAUGCGAAGUGAAACCAGUGAGCAAGUCAGGAAGCGCGAGAGGGAGCUAGCGAGGCAGCAGGAGGUGGAGAUGAACUCACAGGAGGCGCAGCAUCUGCGGCAGCGGCAGAGCAUGCUAGCCGGCUUCAACGAAGCUCAGGAGCUGCUGAAGAAGAAGCUAGCGAUGCUGCAGACGAUGCUAGCAGAAGCAAAACACCGAUACGAGCACAGAGAGUCGCUACCGCAAGAUGUCGCCACCAUCGGCGUGCUGAAGAGCGCGCUUGCAGACAGAGAGGAACACAUCAGAAAGCUGUUGGGAGCCAAGCGCUCCGUCGAACUUGAGCUGAUGAAUCGUGAAACCAACUUCAACAAGAUCUUCAAUUCCUCUCCACAUGUCGGAGUUAUCGAUCCGAUCGCGACCAAGAAGAAGAGUGAUACCUUGCCAGCAAAGCACUUCAGUGCCUCCUUGCUCAAACAGAACAGCUGCAGUGGUGCCCCCUUGCUGAAACAGAACAGCUGCAGUGGCGCCCCUGCGCGACAGGCGCCGCCACGGUCGGCGGGCGGAGACAAGAGAACACCGAAGCCUGCUGCGCCGCCGCGGCCACAGCUGUCACUCCGUAAACUGUACGUCUGAUGCAGAGCUCUUGCUGCCUCCCACAGAUACCUACACCGGGUUGUUAAAUCUCUCGAUAAAUAUCCUUGUGAUGCGGAUCGAUGUUUGUUUUUACUAAACUUGCUCAUCUGUAAAUAGUGGUGGCAACUUGUUUGUAAAUAAACACGCGACUACCUUCGUUCUCCCUUUGUAAUCGUAACUGUUUGUGAGUGUUCAAAUGUUCGUAAUAAAUUGGUGCUAUUAAAUUCAACUUCCAA